CAGAUUGAUACAAAUUCAACUAUUCCAACGGCUGUAUCCGCAAACUAUCGCAGAAUAGUACAGGAUAAAGACGAAGAACACAUUUAUAGAACAAAGAAAAAGGUACAAUUAACUAUAACAAGAAGCAAAAUGCGUUGAUUUUGAAAAAAGUAAAAGAAUCUGAUUUCGGUAAAUAUAUGACUGGAAAUAAGAAAUCUCCGAAAACUCUUGUCAAAGCAACAACGAGAGGAUAA